GUGGGGGCCUCCUCAGGGGCUGAGGGCCCUGAGUCUGUUUUUGUCGUUGAGUGCACUAAAGACGGUGACGUCUGGCGCUCGGGAGUGCCUGUGAAGUUGAGGAAUGCUUUUCUGGACUCGAAUUUGCAGGCGUCUCAGCAACACAUGUUCACGUAUAACAACUGCGGGAGGGGCUGCCCGAUAGCAAGUCAUCUCGAGGUGUCGGUGGUGAAGUCGCGCCCUUCGUCUUGGUCUUGGAAUAAACCGGCAGACAGCUGGGUGGCUCAGCCCCAAUUGUUGUUUUUGGCAGAAGGAGAAGCAGCAGAAGCUUCAGCACGCGAUGAGCUUUAA